ACACACACCACACCCCUCAGACCAUUGGUCACUGAAACCACAGCCCCGCCCACACACUGACUCCUUUAUAAAGACAAAGCAAGCCGUGGGAGCUGAAGUUACUCAGACUGGCCCUUUAAAAGCUCUCCUCUGCAGACACUCAGCUCUGUUCAUCAGGUCAGCUGGCUGACAGGAGACUUUAAUCGUCCUUUUCUUUUCUGUCCCUUUGUUUUACACCCACCCAGAAGACGCUUUGGGGACACUCUUUGUCAGUCUGUCAUCAGAGGAACCUUCCAGGGGACUCGUCCUCGUCUUUGCCCUCUUGUCUCUCUCAGGGAGUCUUCUGCCGAUGGAUCUGACCGACCUUCCCUUCCCUCUCUCCUCUGCUGAUGACCUCUACGAUGACCCCUGCUUCAGCACCAGCGACAUGAACUUUUUUGACGACCUGGACGCUCGGCUGAUGCACGCCAGCCUGCUGAAGUCAGAGGAUCAUCUUCAUCACCAUCACCACGUCCCCAUCGCGGAGGAGGAGGACGAGCAUGUGAGGGCUCCCGGGGGCCUCCACCAGGCGGGACACUGCCUGCUCUGGGCCUGCAAGGCCUGCAAGAGGAAGACGACCCACGCAGACCGGAGGAAAGCGGCGACCAUGCGGGAAAGGCGAAGGCUCAGUAAAGUCAACGACGCCUUCGAGACCCUGAAGCGUUGCACGGCGUCCAAUCCAAACCAGCGGCUGCCCAAAGUGGAGAUCCUGCGUAACGCAAUCAGCUACAUCGAGUCCCUGCAGGCCCUGCUGAGGGCCGACGGCGGCUUCUACCCUCGGCUGGAACACUACAGCGGGGAUUCGGACGCGUCCAGUCCUCGCUCCAACUGCUCCGACGGCAUGAUGGAUUUCAUCUCUCCGUGUUCGACCACAAGCGAGAACAGCGACGGCUCCUGCUGCAGUCGGACAGACGAUUCCAGCAGCAGUCAACGAUCGCUCAUUUCCAGUUUGGACUGUUUGUCCAGCAUCGUGGAGCGGAUCAGCACAGAUCCAGCUGUGGCCCCCCCUGGUGACAGCGUGGUCCCCCGGGGCCCCGGAUCACCUCAGCACAGCCCUGCAGGUUCCAGUCCGUCGGCUGAACCCAGCAGCAUCUACGAGCCGCUUUGAACCGGACGCAGGCGGGGACUCGUAUUCCACAAAAAGACUUCCUGCUGAGAGGACGCGACGCUCACCGGUCUGCUGCAGACACCACGAGGACCAUUUUGUACAUCUGUAAAUAAGAGCUGUUUGUUCAUACCACACACACACACACACACACACACACACAAGGGAUGCUGGGAUUGUUGUGCCAUAUGUUUCUAUAUAUUAUUUAUGAGUGAAUGACAUUGUUAAUAAAGAAAUAUUUAUA